AUGGACACAGAGCCACAGCAGAAGCAGCAUGAUCCUGCUCCCACUACCAGGACUGUGGAGUAUCUCAAGUCCGGGCAAGCUACUUCUGAAGAGAUCCAAUCAUUCGGGGAGGAGGAGUGUCGGGCUUCUAUCCGCAUGCUGGCCACUGACCGUUGUGGGAAUUAUUUCCUUGAAAAACUGUGCCAUCACCUUGACCCACAUGAUGUUUGCAUCUUCCUGGAGGAACUGGUCAUCGCUCCAGACUUGUCCAAGAACGCUCGAGAAGUUGCUGGAUCGAAAGUUGUUCUGGAAAUGGCGAGUCAGUUGAAGGUCGAGAGACAAGAUCCUCCCGAUGACAUUGUCGAGAUCUUCAAAGUGCUUCAAACAAAGUUAUGCGAGCCUCCCUGUUUGACAUUGCUUGAAGCUGUUGUGGACGCACUCCCUGCAGGAGACCACUCGGACCGAUUCAUUGAUGCUAUAAUACACAGUGUCCCUGAGUUGUGCAAGCGCGUGGGUCUCGUCAUUGAAGGUGACACUAUAGCCCCCGAACGACAACUCUCGGGCUAUGGUUAUCGCCUCUUGAAGAUCAUUAAUAGUUUCCAUACCGGUCAAUCAUCGAAGUUUGUCUGA